UUUACAAAAAGAAGUUUAAAAUUUGUCAAUAUUUAGAUGUUAACGUUAAUUUUCUAUUUUGAUUUAUGCAGCAUACAAGUGGUUUCUUACAGUAACACGCGUUUUUACUCUACGUUGUGAAUAUAUGGGAUAUUGACUAUUUCUGUCUACAACACGGAUACGGAUGUAAAAUGGCAACCUCUAAUGGUGCACGUGGGAAUACAUGUAUCUACAACUGAAAUGUGACAUGAUAGAGCACUGAUGUCGAUUUUAUUCUCAUGGGAUGAGGAAUUCACUGGAAAUUACGCGUUAUUAAUUUAUACCUAAUUGUGUUAUAUCUUAUAGAACGAACUGAUCUAGUAUUGUUAUAUUGUCGAUCAAUAACCAGGGAGGGUAUUUUCAGGAUUUUUGUUACUUAUAAUGAAAUAUUUAAUAGUGAUUUGAAUUUCUUAUUUUUAUAACGAGAAAAAGACCGUGUUUGGUUCAAUAUUUAACAAGAGAAAAGCUUUAUACACCACAUUAUUACAAGUACUGACUUGGAAAUAUUGGUGCCAGUGUUGGGAUUAGCUAUCAAAUCAAGUGCACACUUUGCCUUUUGACAACCACUGACACUCAACGAUCAAGGCGACUAAGAAAAAGCAGAACGUAAACGCCGGUUAGAAACCCCGGUAUCACCUUGUGGUGUAUUAACGAAUUACCAAGUGUUCGCCUCUGUGAAGUCAGAAUCGAACAACAUGAACCAAUGUUCACACGUGCCAUGAAGGCCAUCAAUACGUAAAGGAUGCGGAUUGAAAGAUUGAGAUCCCCAUAGACACGAAACAGCCUUCGAAAUAGCCGUGUAUAGGGUUCUAGUGCAGGACACACCGACAUGUGAUACACGCAUUGCUGGAAUUGCUCAACAGCGUGUUUCCCGCCUUGGAUGUCUCCUGGAUGCAGUCGGAACGUUCCCGCCAAUUCACAAACUAUUUUGGAACAUUUGCGGACGGGAACACUUGAUGUAAACACGACGAUCGAGAUAUCUCUAGACUUUACCUUUAGUAUAUACACACACACACAAAACGAAACGAUUACGUAAAAGGAAUACCUAGAGGGCAGAAGUUUGACUGACAUGUUACAUGUACCUAAUUAAGGACGGUCUGAGGCUUGUCGGUGAUUGACAGAUUGACAGUGGAUAUACCUGUCGGACGAUUUACUCAACUGUAUUUACCUCUAAUCAUUCUUUACCUGCAUCAAAUGACGCCUUAACCAGGUGUUAUUAGAUUAUCUAAAAAAAUCGAGUGCAGAAUUGGAUACAUGUGAUUAAGUACGAACUUCAGUGGAAACAUGUACAAGUGAAAUUCGUUUUGUCGCCGUGUGUGGCAGAUUUAAACAAGAUUUGACAUUUACAAGAAAUUUGGAUUUAAAUAUACACCUUGACUAUAUACAAGAUAAGUGUUUACCUGGGAGUGUAUACCUAACUGCGCAACAGGAUGUCUUUUUUACCUGGAGGAACAAGACUUGCCAGUAUGAAAAGACAUAGCCUUGCCAACGUAGCGGAGGCAUGGAAGGGAGUCACCCACGGCAGCAGACGACUCUCUAUGACGUCACAGAUACGCAUGUCUGCCGGAAACGUUCUCGACUACGCGUCCAAAAACGAAACUCUAGAAAGUAUUCAGAUAGCGGUGAUACAGCUCUUUCAGCGGAGGAAAUUACAGGAGGGAGAGUUAGCCGUACUUCAGGAAACAUUGAGAAACCUGAUCAGCUCAGACGCCGGACCUCUUAUAUUUGAUUAUUAUAAAGACAAAUUAUUGAAGAAAGGAAUGGUGAUUCUACGGGAGGGAAUGAAGAAUGAUUUAGGUUCUGUGUUAUUAAAGAAGAUGGGCGAACAGUGGUCGUAUCUUCAUGCCGAGAUCCUCCCAACGUUACAAGCUUUGUUUUAUCCACUUCCUACCAAUGAUUCCUCUAUACGAAAAGUGACAUUUCUAGAAUUCCGAGACGUGGUCGUCCUUAAAGUCGGCAUAGAAGAGUCUAUAGGAUCUGUUUUAUCGGAUGAAGUUCCUGCCUCAAUACGACAGAUGCUUUUAGUUUUACUGAGUGUGCACGACGGCUCACCACCUACGGAGAACUACGCUAGACUGGAACGCUUGGCUGCCAGAGUGAUCUCCCCUUAUCUAGGAUUCUUCGGUCUCUAUGAAGGCUCGUGCACUCCGACCGUCAAGUCAUCCUUAAAGCCAGCGUCUAAACUGGUUCCCGCAGAAAAAACGGAAGCAUACGACCUUGAUACACGAUCUUCCCGGCCAAAGUCUGCAAACAUUCCAUCCCUGAAAUCACCGCAUAGUAGGUUGGGAAACGGACACAAUCUAUUCAGCAAUCAUUUUCUUGCGCCGGUCCGGGAACAUGACAGUAUAGGCGGAAGACGUCAUAGUAUACAGACGUGACGUCAGUGAUGUAAUAGUGACUUCAUAGAACAUUGUCACUACGUCAGUGAAUUGAUAAUAAUGUCAUAGAAUCGAACGUUAUAUCUGUGAUUGUAUAGUGUGCAAAAGCAUACUGAUGUGACAUGACAUCAUUUGUGAUUUUCAUGACGUCAUAUUAGACAUACGUCAAAAUGGUGAUUUGAUAUAGAGAUUUAUAUCAUGCAAAUGAUAACGUCGUGGAAAACGGUUUCAUUUCCAUAUUGUGAGGACACCCACGACAAUGCUGGGCGAUACACUAUCGACUCUGACCAUCCUAAAGUUAAAAUCCAAGGGAAGGUGUCACAGAUUGGUUAAUGCGACAAUUGUGAUUGGUGAAUUAAACAGUAUUAUACGAUGGUACAUCCCUCAUGUCAGUGUUACGCGAUCAGUACCAUAUACAAGAGUUGAUGACGUGCCAAAUAAAAUGGAUCAGAAUGCUUUUCAACUGGUUAAGCGAUAUAUUUCGUUACGACGAUAUAACUACUGUAACUGCAGUGAGUGUCUGUAUCAUUUCCUGUGGCUGAUGUAUAUAUACCACAUUCCAAAAUAGUCGUCAAACGUAUAUCCUUGAAUUAACUGGCUAAUUGGUAACCAACGUUAUUUAUUUCUGUUUAAGUGCAAGGUCGAGCAAUUUAACUUACUGUGUAUAGAUGCGUGAAUGAUAUAAAUAUGCAUGCUGUAUAUCAAAUCAAAUUGCAAUGAUAUUAGACAUAAAACAAUGGCUGUCACGACAUUCCAAGUGUGGAGGAAACGAGUCAAUAUCACUAUAUCGUCCAUGGAAAGCAUUCAAAUAUCAGUACAGUAUAAAUCAGUCUAUUUCCUUCGUGACCGGUGGCUUGCGCUGUUUAUCGAACUCAGAGGAAAAGAGGCGAUUCUCUUGAAGUGAGUACAGCAAAGAAGAACAGGAAAACUAAUUGGUAAACUUUAAUUCCUUCCACUCGCCUUGAUUACGAGAAAGGGUUAUUUGAUGUAACGGAAACUAUUAACAACAAUGCACCAUUUGGAAAGUUGAUUUGUUGAUACGUUUGUAAUGUGUUAUGGAAGUGUUACUGUUAGGAUGUUGUACAAACACAAGUAAAUUUGAUUAAGUCUAUCAUUCCAGUGAAGAUACACUUAACUGUACGUUUGUGAGAGUGAGAGACAAUAUGUUGACCAGACGGGUAAAGUGUUUUAAAUAUUAGAAUUGUUCGUGCUUCAUUCCUCUACAAAAUAUAGUACUUGUCUAUGGAAUGGUAAACAGAGAGAAAUUGUGAUAUGUAUGUGGAAUUUGUGUCAACUUGACAUGUUUACGUCUGUUGCUGAGUCCAUCAAACCAUACAGUGCCAUCAUAAAAUCUUUAAAAUUCCGUUACCAAUUAUAUGUGAUAGCCACAUUAGUAUUGCUGUAGCAUAUAUGUCAAUUUCUGUACAAUAUAUUUUGUCGUGUGGUUUUAACUAAGCUAAUAAAUGUAGCAAUCCUUGAUGUAAUAUGUGUAUGUCAAGAACAAUAAUAACCCGUUUCGUUAGAUAUUUCCGUGAUAAAUGUCGAAUUCUCACAAAAAAAAAUACCCACACAGUUUCAAGAAAUGGAGGUUGUCAAAAACCAUGUACAAGUAUUAAUUCAUAUAGGAAAAUUUCUGUUUCCUUGGGAUGAUUUUUAUCAUGAUUAUGAGUGUGUCAUGUGGUUUUGUUGACACUUCCCCGGUUCUCAUUUACAGGACGUUACAUCACUAGAAUUUGACUUAGUUUAACAUAGAGUUUGUCGUGAGUAAGACAAAAGAUGUGUACCCUCCGGAAUACCUGGUCUUAUUCUCCUAGUAUUUUGUUCAAAGAUGUCUGAAAAAAUCUUUGCCCGUGUGUCAUUGAGUUUUAGUUCGAUGACAGUUUCGUACAAAUCAAACUCUUACUUUUUGUUCCCUUAUAUUUCACUUUUUAUUGAGGUAUCAAUAUAUUUGUUUAUUUAUUUAAACCUCUUUCUUGAUAUUAAACAUUUGCGAAAUUGAAUUGGCCCAUAUUUAUAAAGGCGAGUAAAUCCAGCCGCCGCAACAACUACAAACAGAUACUAAACAUUAUAUCAUUAAUUUUAAGUUUACUUUCCUAUCCAGAAAUGACAAAAAUUGAAACGUUGUCGCAUUUGAUACAUUAUGCUGCUUUUUAUAAAAGUUAUUGUUGAUUACCGAAUGACAAUAUUGUUUGAACCUAAUAAGAUAUCGCCUCUGAGUACUUCUUUUGCAAUUACAACGGCAUAACCAUUCACGAGAAGGUCUAUCCUGACAGGCUGUGAUUCUCUUAAUAGGUUUAGUAUUUCUAACACAUUGAUCACUUGUUUACUUUCAAUAUGCAAUCUGUCACACGGGUCUCAAAAUUAAGUAACAAUAUUUUUAUAUGAACAAUCAUUUAUUGUGAAAAACAUUUCAAUCCAUUAAAACGUUUUAGUAGAUUUCGGAUUAUAUGUACUCAUGUUUAUUAAUGCUCAUCUUACUGCAUUAACACUGAAAUUACUAUAGACAAGCUAACGUUUUGCAAACUUUCCUUACAUUACGAAAUUCCUUACCUGAAAUAUUGUUGAAAGGAAAUUGAUUUGGUUAUUAAAAAAUAAGGGAAAACUUCUUUAACUUCAUUAAUGUUUUCCUUAAGUUACUGAAUCCUGGUGAAAUUAAGGGCUGCUUCUUUUAACAAUAAAUAAGAAAAGCCGGUAAGUUGUUUAUGAUAAAUGAUUGGAGUUUUGAUGAUAUUAGGCUUAUUUUACAUUGUAUGAAACAAGCAAUUAUCCCGUUUUCUGAUAGUGUGCCAUCAGUGUUUUCAUAUCGAAAUGAUUUCCUAUAGACUUAAUGUAUUUAUAACGUCUUGGCUUUGCUGUGUGAUUUCAACCAACGUUGUAUCAUUGAGAUAAGAAAAAAAUCUUAACUCGCAUAAGAAAACCACCCUAUAUAUAUCCAGGUAUAUGCAAGUCCAGGAAUUUGGAGUAAGGUUUCCAAUUGUUAAGGGAUGUCUUUCCUAUUCCUUGCGCCAAAGGCGCAAAUUGGGGCCGAAGGUGCUGACUGAUGUGUAAAUAUUGAAGAGAAUAAAUAACGGAUAUUUAUUCUGUUUCCUGCAAUAUUAAAACAAUUAAUUUUAGAUCCCAAACAAAAUGUGUACCUCUUUCCCCUUUUAAUAAUGUAUAACAGUUUCGGGGAGUAUGCAUUAAUAAAAAAAGAACAUGAGGUGUAGUUCCCUCCAACCCCUACUCCCUCUUUGUAUGAAUGUAAAGGAAAUAUCAUUUUAACUUGAAAAUAAGUGUAUGCCUGUAUACAAUUAAGUGGUACAUGUAGGCCUUUCCUUAGGCGACGUUUUGGCAACCAAUGUGUACAGUAUAUAUAUUAACUUUAUUUCCUUUUACAGUAAUUAUGCAACAAGUUAUCAAAACUUAUAUUAAUCACCCUUGCUGGCCCGAAUGUUAACACCGAAUGUGUACGUUACAGUGAGGGGAUUUCUGUAUUACAUUAUAUUAUGCUGGAGUUGCAUUUUAACAGCCAUCAACAAUCUAUCAUAAAGGAAGCAUAUGUUACGAUUCACACUCUUAAAACCCAGAAGCAGACUCUAUGUGUACAUGUACGACAUAUGUGUUGCAAGUGUGUUUAUAAAACCAUGACAUUGUAAAAUUGUGUGGGGUGUGUUUAGUUUGUUGGUGUAAUCGUCGUUAAGUUGUGUAGUUUAUUAAACAUAAAAAAAAUGUUAUGGCAGCUAUUAAAUUGCUACGUUUUGAAAAAAUAAUUAUUUUGUUAAUAAACAUGUUUGGAACAUU